GGACGGCAGACGUACUUAAUGUGUAGUGUAAUAUAGUAAAUAUUGUUCAUUCCUCCAGCAUCGAAACGUUCACAGAACAGAAAUACGAUGAAGGAAUGGUGGAUUCAAGUUGGACUGCUAACAGUUCCCUUCCUGGCUGUGUAUCUGCACAUCCCUCCUCCUAACUUCUCCCCGGCACUAUUCACAUGGAGGUCAACAGGGGCAUUCUUUACUUUUAAGGAGCAACAGAUUUUCUACAGAGAUUCUUGGGGGGCUGUUGGCAGCUCAGAUGUUGUCAUUCUUUUGCAUGGAUUUCCUACCUCAAGCUAUGACUGGUACAAGAUUUGGGAAGGUCUUACCCAGAGAUUCCAUCGAGUGAUUGCUCUGGAUUUUAUAGGGUUCGGUUUCAGUGACAAGCCAAGACUCCACCGAUAUUCUAUUUUUGAACAAGCUAGUAUUGUGGAGGCAAUGAUUGGCCACCUUGGCUUGAGAGAUCAGAAAGUAAACCUCCUGUCCCAUGAUUAUGGAGAUACAGUUGCCCAAGAACUGCUCCACAGGUAUAAUCACAGAAGAAAAGGAUAUAUAAAUAUAGGAAGUUUAUGUCUCUCUAAUGGAGGUAUCUUCCCAGAGACACACUAUCCCAGAUUUAUUCAGAAGCUGCUAAAAGAUGGUGGAAUCUUUUCACCAAUCCUCACAAGGCUUAUGAACUUUUAUUUCUUCACUAAAGGAAUAAGCGAGGUGUUUGGUCCUCAUACACAACCCUCAGAGGCAGAGUACUGGGACAUGUGGACUGCCCUUAGGACCAAUGAAGGGAACCUGGUGAUAGACAGUGUCUUGCAGUUCAUAAACCAGCGAAGUAAGCACAGAGACCGAUGGGUUGGGGCAUUAAUCAAUACAACAGUUCCAUUGCAUCUUAUUUAUGGACCCUUGGAUCCUGUAAAUCCACACCCUGAGUUUAUAGAACAUUACAAAAACAUGAUUCCAAAAUCAACAUUCAGUAUUCUAGAUGACCAUAUUAGUCACUACCCCCAGCUGGAGGAUCCCACUGGCUUCUUAAAUGCCUAUUUGAACUUCAUUAAUUCAUUCUGAAGGAGGGAAGUGUGUUUAUAUUUUGUGAUUCUGCGCAGGCUCAUUUGGAAUAUCACCAUUUGCAAGGGUGUCAUUUGGAACUGAGCGGCGGCAAUAUGAUGAUACAUCAGUUUAAUGACAACUCAUUGUUCACUUGAUUCUUAUGUGAGGAAUACCUAACUCUGCAUGUGUCUCAGGGACUGCUGUUCUAUAUUCUAUCAAGAGGCCUUUAUUUGUAUUUAUAUCACAUAUCGAUGGUCUUGUAAUAUGCUUUCUUAGUGGCUGAGGCCACCUGCCAAUUCAGAGCAGUCAGCAGCCUAUAUUAAUUUGGGUGUGGUAUUGUUUUUAUAGACCACCAUGGAAUCUUUCUUAUAUCAUUUCUUAGGAAAUGGCCUGAAACUCUUCCAAUGCAAAGAGGUAUGUCCGUUGAUACAGAUGCAGUUGAGCAAUACAAAUAAUCUCUUUACACUGGACUUUUGAACUGUGUGCAUACAGACCUACAGCAAUAGUAAAUACAGAACAUAUGCAGUGAAAAAAGGCAGUCAGCACUUCAACCCUUUUCUACUUUAGAAAUGCGAAAAAAAGGACUGUCAUAAUUUCUUAGCUCCUAUUUCUACUCUGUGAAUGAAAGCUUAACCAGUUCUCUAAUGCCAGUUAUAGUAUUUUUUUGAGAAAUGAUUUGAAAUCACAGUAUAAAAAUUCAAUUUCACUCGAUUUUAAAACAGACAUAAUGAACAGGGCUCCUACAGACAGUGUUCAAAAAUGCUUAAGGGAUCAAAAAAUUGAGUAUUUUCUUGAAUAGUUGAAAUGUUCUUCAUCUCAUUGUUAAUUUGGCACGAUAUACAAAUUUAGCUACCGCCACAUCCAAAAUAAUAGAAGAAUGAUACAAUCAUGCAGUUGUAGUUAUACAAUUUGUUAGUACUAUUAUCAUAUAGCAAAGAUGAUGUAAAUUACAUAGAUAUGUAUAUUCAUCUAUAUAAUCUGUAUCUAAAUUCCAAAAAUGAGAUUUCUAAAUUGAGCAUGCUAAUCCCCCUGCCCUAUGCCAAAUAUCUUAUUUAAAUCUGUACUUUCAUUCUUUGUAUAGUUUACAGUACUUUUAUACCUGGCAAAUUUUCAAGAUUGUUUUUAAUGUUUAACGGAGAUUAAAAUUCUAAUGUUUAUAAAAUAAACUGAAAAGAUUUUUUAACUA